AUGUUAGAGCUCCAUAUCUGGGGACCGGCUUUUGGCUUGCCAUCGAUUGAUGCUCAUUGCCUUGCAGCCCUAGCUUAUUUGCAACAAGCUGUCCCAGCGGGACAUUGGCUGGUAGUGGCAAGUAGCAACUCGGCAUUAUCUCCAACGUAUGAACUUCCCGCACUGAAAGAUGAUGGAGUCUGGAUCGGAGGUUUCCGCAACAUAUUUCAUUAUGUGGCCCAACAUUCCUCUGGCAAAAGGAUUCUAGAUGCGGGACUGGAAGAGCAAGAAGAGGCAGAUUGUGUGGCCUUUUCAGCUUUUCUCGACUCCCACGCCGAACCGCUCCUCGAUCUUUCAUUAUACAUUAUGUCGGAAAACUAUACAACAAUUACUCGCCCAGUAUAUAGCACCUUUCAACCAUUCCCACUGCCAUACUUGAUACCUUCUGCCCGUCGUUGUACAGCUCGAUCUCGUACUGCACAUCUAGGCCUUGCAGCCCUUGAAAUUGAAACCUGUAUUGAGUCGAAUGACUCUAACAUGACUAGUGUUCCGGAGAGGCUGCGAAAACCGAGAGCAGAAGUCUCUAAGAUACUUACCGCUUCAUCGCAAACCGCUGCGCAAAUACGCCUAGACGCUUUAGCUUCAGAAUGCUUUGAACCCCUUGAAGCCCUACGAGCUAAGAAGCGAUAUCUCGUUUCCAAUUCACAGUUUACAUCCCUAGACUGUCUAGCCCUGGGCUAUCUAUCCUUAAUGCUUAUUCCAGAAUUACCCCAACCAUGGCUAGCAAGGACGAUGCGUCAAAAAUUUCCACGACUCGCAGCAUGGACUCAAGAGUUACGAACAGAGAUAUUCGGUGGUGCUGUCGGGAUUGGUGAUGUUUAUGGGGAACUUAAGCUUAGCCAAGCAUCCGAGCGGUUACCGUGGAGAAAACCCGAAACCUACUCAAUAUGGAGAAUCAGCUCUAGCCUUGUUUCGACGAUAAUUGAAGGAUAUCCGAGUUUAGCUCCAUUAAAAGCUAGGGUCAAGAUUAGGGACCAGGGAGGCAAGGUAGUCAAUCAAAGCCUCAUAUCAAGUGAUUUUGAUCGUACAUUAAAAUCUAUGAGCGCAAUUUGUCUUGUCACAGCAGCUAGUGUGAGCUGCAUGUGGUUUACAGGCGUAUUAGGCGAGGAUAGAAGUUCAAGAGAUAGUGAAAAAGCUAGAAGCGCACUAGAAGAUGCUGGCAAUCUCGCUUGA